UUUUCUGCACAAUGUCGUCGCCUGCUCCAAAAUCUCCCGAAAUGUCUGACAAAAGCCGCAAAUACGACAGACAAAUCAGGCUUUGGGGUGAACACGGGCAAACGGUGCUCGAAAACGCUCACGUUUGCCUAAUAAACGCGACAGCCCUUGGUACGGAGAUUCUGAAGGGCAUCGUGCUGCCCGGCAUUGGCGGUUUCACCAUAGUUGAUCACAGGACCAUAACGGAGGAAGAUGUCGGGUGCAAUUUCUUCCUGGAUCUCGAGUCGAUCGGUCAAUCGCGAGCCAAGCGCUGCAUGCAGUUGUUACAGGAAUUAAACCCUGAUGUUAACGGUGAUUACCUGGACGAGCAUGUGGAACCCUUAAUCGACGGGCAACCUGAUUUCUUUCGCAGUUUUGAUGUCGUCAUUGCGACUUGUAUUAGCCAACGAACAAUUUUGCGUCUCUCUAAUGUGCUGUGGGAUCAAAACAUUCCCCUAAUAGUCGCACGUUCGGUAGGGUUUUACGGUGUGGCUCGUCUACAGUUGCGCGAGCAUUGUAUCAUCGAAACGCAUCCAGACAAUAAACCCACCGACCUGCGGUUGGAACAUCCGUUUGAGGGAUUGAAAAAGCAUAUGGACGAGACUGAAAUUACAAAUAAGGUACCGUGGCUGGUAGUGCUAUAUAAAAUACUGCAGGAAUGGGUGGCCGCACACGAUGGCCGAUACCCUUCGAACUAUCGUGAAAAGUCGGAUUUGAGGGAAAUGAUUCGUUCUAAGAUGGAAGGCGAGCAGGAAAAUUUUGAAGAGGCAAUCAAAGCGGUAAAUUCCAGCUUUGGUGGAGGAACACCAUCUACUGCCGUACGGGAGAUGUUACAAGAUCAUCGAUGUGUAAACGUAAACACGGAGAGCAACGCUUUCUGGAUAAUGGCACGUGCUUUAAAAGAUUUUGUGGAGAAUGAAGGCAAUGGAUUGCUACCGCUGCCUGGCGUUUUACCCGACAUGACUGCCGACACAAAUUCGUACAUCAAUCUGCAGAACGUUUACCGUAACCAAGCGGCACACGACGCGGAAAUUGUGUUUCGCCGUGCCCGUCAGUUGCUUAAAGAGCUGAACAAACCCAAUGAUCUCAUCACCGAGAAAGACGUGCGACUAUUUUGCCGCGAAGCGGCCAACAUCACGGUAGUGCAGGGCACUAAACUCACCGACGAAUUUGAUAAAGGCUACCACCGAGAGAUGAACAUUUCCAGCGUAUUGGAAACACCGAACUCGCUGAUGGGUCACUACAUCGUACUACGAGCGUUAGAUCAGUUCCAGGCGGACUAUGGAUGUCUGCCCGGCGAAAGUGAAGCAGAAUCGGAUACGGGAGGCAUGAAGAGUCUUGCUGCCAAAAUGCUUAGCGAAUGGGGUAUCGGCACGCCGCUGAGUGAUGACUUGGCGUAUGAAAUUUGUCGGUACGGAGGAGCAGAGAUACAUAGUGUUUCUGCGUUUUUGGGUGGUUGCAUUGCUCAUGAGCUCAUUAAGUUGGUGACAAAGCAAUAUCGACCAUUUGAUAAUACGUUUAUCUACGAUGGAUCCACUUUGCAGACUCAAAUCUAUAAAUUGUAAUUCAAUAGCAAAAGUUAACGAAUUGUUCGAAUUGCAUUAUAUGGCAUAAACAUCGAUAAAGACUUGUACAAUGUUUGAAUAUGAUUUUACAAAUGAGUAAAAAUGAUGAUCAAAAAGCUAACAUGUUACUCAAAUACUAUUCAAAAUCUUUUGCCAUUGUGAAACAAACGUUUUGAAAUUAAAAGAAAGGAAUUGAAAUAAAAAUGGAAGA